AUGAAAAUCAUCAUCGUCGGAGCCGGCCUGGGUGGUUUGUGUGCUGCCUUUGGGCUUGCGCGGAAAGGACACCACGUCCGAGUCCUCGAACAGCGGCCUGAUCUCGGUCCCGCAGGCGGUGCUCUUAACAUACGACCAGGAGCCUCCAAGAUCCUCCAUAGUUGGGGUCUUGGCCCAGACUUAAGAAGAGUUUCAGCCGAUACACCAGCCAAUGUGUUCCGCAAACUGGCAACCGGGGAGGUGGCGACUCGAGCCAUUGCGACGGACAUUUCCGAGUCCCCAGACUGGGGCACGAGUCGAAGCGUGCUCAUCGAAAUUUUCCAUCAAAAGGCGAAAGACGCUGGCGCUGUCAUUGAAUUCAACGCACCGGUCAUGACAGUCGAAGAUAAUGCUCAGGCAGCUUACGUUACCCUUGGCAACGGGAGGCGCCUGGAAGCAGACUUGGUAUUGGCUGCAGACGGAACCAGAUCAGUUAUCCGCGACCAGAUUCUUCGCGAGACCGGCCAACCGAUCGAUCCUAUUAUCACCGACGUGACACUCUACGGCGUGAGUCUCACAAAGGAAGAGAUGGAAAAUCACCCGGGCCUGGCGCCGUUGAUGGAUCAGUCGUACCUCAACAUCUACAUGAGUGAUGGUGGCCUGGUCCACGUCACUAGCAGAUACAACACUACGUCUGGUUCAUAUGCUGCAUUGUUUGGGGUCAAGGGCAGCACUGAUCAGCGAGGAUUGUGGGACGAGAAGGGGGAUAUCGGAUACGUUCGAGAGAUGUUCAAGGGAGCAUGCCCGGAAAUUCGGACUGCACUCGAUGUAGCCAAGUCUUGCGACAGAUGGAGGCUCGCUGAGCUCCCCGACCUGCCUCGAUGGACUAGCACAGAUGGAAGGAUCUUGUUGUUGGGUGACUCUGCACAUGCUAUGCAACCAAGCGCAGCUCAAGGCUUUUCUCUCAUUGUAGAAGACAUUGGCGUGCUGGAAUAUCUCAUUUCUCAAGUGUCUGAUCCUAGCGCAAACGUCAAGACGAUCACGUCCGUCUGGCAAGAGAUACGGAAAGCCAGAUGUGAACGUAUCAAGGCUUGGGCGAGCCACAACACAAACUUGUUCACAAGUCGAUCAAAGAAGCUAAAGCCUAGGUCCGGAGAGUGGCAGGUCAAGUCUCUCAAAAACACUAAACCCGACAUGAAUGCUGAGUUCAGCUCAGGCCCAUUCUUGAAAUGGGCCCAGGGAACAGAUGCGAUUGCCGAGGUCGGAAACUGA